UUCGGUCAUUCCGCCUGAGUGGAGCUGCCCGGAUGCCGGUCUCGCGCGUGACUUCGGUCCAAAAGAAACCUACCGAGGAACGAUUACUACUGUUACCUUUCGUCUCUUGCAUAUAGAUGCCCUGCAGAGAAAAACGCCCAAUUUGUACAAUAAACGUUUCUGUCUGCAAUAUGAACUCUCAGCCAGCGCAUUGAGCUUUUGCCAUCCAACAACAUCUCGCUCUUCCCUCCAGUCCGCCUGGGUGUACAUCUAACCGAUAAGAUAGGUAUCCCCAUUGGCUUUCCCCUAUACAUAGACAAGAGCUAGUUGUAUGAUUUGUUUCCCAUUUAAUAUUUGAUACUAGUCCUGUUUCCUUUCUCCCCAUUGAUAUCAUAUCGAUCAAAACAACACAAUGACAACGCAGAUCACACCCAAUCUAUUCCUCAGCUCAACGAAGAGCAGCAGCACCUCGUCAUCAUCAAAGACAGAUGUACCGACGACUGUUUUCUUCAUUUCGGGAAAUCCGGGCUUGAUUUCUUAUUAUCAUGAUUUCCUAUCUCUUGUUUCGGAGAAGCUGGCAGCAGAAGACGCACAAGAGAACGAUGAUCUUUCGUCCGGAUUCCGAAUCUAUGGAGCCAGUUUAGGAGGAUUUGAUGUUGGGGACAAGAAAGAAGAAGAUAAAAAGGGAAAGAAAGGGAACAACGACCCGUCUACUCUCAUUCCGGGACGUUUAUAUAGUCUCGAAGAACAGAUCGAUUUCGUCGAGAAGAAGCUCCACGCUCUCAUGAGAGAUUCAGCCUCUUCUGAGCCCGAGCCCAUGAACCCUAGGAGGGCAACGAGGAGCACCACUGCUGCUAUACAGAAGUCGAAUAAGCAGAAAGUGAUUCUGAUCGGUCACUCGGUCGGUGCAUAUAUCGCUAUGGAGAUCCUGAGGAGACAUCGGGAGGAAGAGAAGAUGGGUGACGGUGAAGCAGCAGAAGAAGAAGGACCCUUCGAUAUCGUCGGCGCAGUCCUGCUAUUUCCGACAGUGAUUGAUAUUGCAAAGUCCGCUGCUGGAAAGAGGUUGACGUGGCUCCUCUAUUUCAUCCCUCAGCUCGCCCUAGUCGCCAGUCUGGUCGUCAAGGUCCUCGCCUUUGUUUUCCCUGACUGGGUUCUUCGCUCUUUGGUUCGACUGGUCAUGGGCAAUCCGCCUUCGAGUGCCGUUGAGUCUACCUUGAGCUUUCUCAAGAGUGAGCGUGGAGUUAGACAGGCUUUACACAUGGCCGCCGACGAAAUGCGCACUAUCACAAGCGACAAAUGGAGCGACGACAUCUGGGGCACCUCCAGAGCAGGAAAGCCACCAUCCAGACUCGUCUUCUACUUCGGUCGUAACGAUCACUGGGUUGCAGAGCGUACCCGCGAUGAGAUUAUCGAGUCGAGGGGGGGUAGUAGUAGCAAGGAUGGUCCGACCAUGAUUGUCUGCGAGGAUAGCAUACCGCAUGCUUUUUGUAUUCGGCAUAGUCCUAUUAUGGCGCGUAAGGUUGCGCGGUUUAUUAAAGAUAUUGUGCUCGAAUGAGUACUUUGGAGAUAUGGAACAUGGAAUGCUGCCAAUAUAUGGCAUUAUAUUGUAUAUAUAUAGAUCUACGAUAACAAAG